GUGUAUAUCCUUCCGCCACUUUUUGUGGCUUUUUUCAGACUGUUUAGGUCUAUCGGUCAGUGCUGAAGCUCCGCGCGAACUGUGUAUAUCAUUCACAUAUAUCGCACUUAAAAUAACAAAAAAAGCGAAGUUACCGGUUUGGUAUUUUUGUUGACAUCUACAACAUAUGGAUCGUCAGCGCUUUGUUUUUAAAACGGGCUAAACCGUCUCUGUUUAGUAGGAAAUAAAUCAGCAGAGCUAGCUGAAGUAGCAGACAGCGUCAGUGGAGGCUCGAAUAACCGGAGGAGUAGCUUUUACUCGUUGGAUGUCACUACGUUAGAUCCACUGUCAGCUAACGCGUCCAACAGCAUAUUCCGCACUCGGUCGCGGUGUAAAACGGUUUUUUCAAACAAUCAGAACGCUCUGCUCAAGCUGUCGUUUAUGGGAUCACCAUGUCCAUGAAGCCGCAGGCCGGUGGUAAUCGCAAACCCGGCGGAAGCACCAGCGGAGCCGCAGCGGCCUCCGGUACCGGGGGAGCAGGAGGAGGCGUCGGACGCCAGAACAUAGGAAGAGGACGCAACAAUGCCAAAGGACCCUCCAAUGCAGUGGCCUUUAGUGGGGUUUAUGCAAACAUGAGAAUGGUUCAUGUUUUGACCUCAGUUGUGGGAACCAAAUGUGAACUUAAGGUUAAAAAUGGACUGAUCUAUGAAGGAGUUUUUAAGACCUAUGGCCCAGAGUGUGACAUUGUCCUGGAUGCUGCGCACAGGAAGAGUGUAGACCCCAGUGUGGGCCCUCGCCGUGAGGAUAUUGUGGAGAGCAUUAUCUUCAAGUCCUCAGAUGUAGUGGUAGUUCACUUCAAAGAUGUGGACCUCAGCUAUGCCAAGAAAGAUAACUUCACAGACAGUGCUGUGAGUGCCCGUCUUAAUGGAGAGCACAAAGAGAAGGAUCUGGAACCCUGGGAUGGAGGGGAGCAGCACAUCUCAGGCAGCAUGGAGUCUCUUGACACUGAUCUGUCAAAUGGUUGGGAUCCUGAUGAGAUGUUUAAAUACAAUGAGGAGACAUAUGGUGUGAAGUCCACCUAUGACAGCAGCUUGUCCUCCUACACGGUUCCUUUGGAGCGAGACAACUCUGAGGAGUUCCUCAAGCGGGAGGCUCGCGCAUCACAGUUGGCAGAGGAGAUCGAAGCCAGUGCCACCUACAAGGCACGCGUGGCCCUGGAGAAUGAUGACCGCUCUGAGGAAGAGAAAUACACUGCUGUGGCUCGUGGAGAGAGGGAGCUUCACAGCCUCAACAGUAGAUAGGAGUUGGUCCUGCAUACCUGAAAUAGCUGCUUGGAGGCAUUGCAAAUAUGGCUGCCAAGUAAACUCACUUAUAUUAAUUUCAAACGCUAUGCUUAGAUUGAAAUAUAUUUAAAUGUCCCUGAAGAACAUAGAAACUAUUGCUGAUUUAAGAAUACAACUUGUUGCCUGUUC